AUGGAUGUACCGAUCAAUGGCCGUUGGUCUAGCUUCGGGCGUGGACUGAAUGGAGAAUUGGAAAUUGUGCGCAAACGGUUCUCCGUCUCGCACCUCCCUUACCAGCUCAGCCAGCUGGCACCGGUGUUCCCAAUCACACUUCAGCGGAAGCACUCCACUGCUCGAAUACCCCUCCAUCACUGCAAAAUGACUGGUUGGCUAUCGCACUCUGGCUGCGAGCUGCUCGUCAUCUACCAGGUUGACAGAAACCCUGAGGUUCCUUGCUUCUGGGUCGAAAAUGUGCCCUGGAAUGCCACCAACUGCUAUGUCUCAAAAAGUUCCGUCUGCAAAAUUAGUCCGCCCAAACGACCUAAUCUUAUGUUCAGAGUGCUUCACUGCUUUUGGUUCAACGAGGGGUUUUUUCUCAGGCAGACAAAAGGAACUGCCUGGGCUUGGGAUGAGAGCUCGGAGCGAAUGGUUGAGCGGCAUUGGAACACGGAUACGAAAAGUGAUGGAUCGGAAUUGCGAGGCCCAAAAGAGGCCGUAUUCCGCCAAAGAUUUGGAUGCUGCAGAUUCAGAGUGCCCGCAGACUGCGGCCCCCCGAUUCGUGCCUUGUCGGCCCUGUCGCUGUUCAAUCAAACCCUCAACAACGACAGCAAAAGUGGAGUGGCUCUCUUUCACAUGGGAAAAAGACGAGCACACAGUUCAAGAUUACAGCCAGAGAGCAAGCGAGAGCUGAUGCCCGUGGCAGAGAAGGAUACUGCGGGAGAUGGCCUAGCCAGGGAGUUCCGCAGGUACUGUUAUCCCGCUCCUCAUCCUGCCACCGCUUGGCAGCAGCUGGCCCGCUCAUCACCCACGUCCUGCAUCUUCCAAAAACUGCAACAGCGAGUGGAAAAGAUGAGGCGGCAAGAGAUAGUUGUCCAGUGGUCCAGGUCAGCAGGCAGUGUAACCCCACGGUCAGCCCUGGACCAAUACCGUCAAUACCGGCCGGCAUCAAAUCGUUAUCCCAGUGCCACCACGGUCCAACCCGGCCAAACCCAGCAGAUUUCCAUAGUUCCUUUCCGCGGCUUCCACUCGCGCCUCUACCUCACCUCAUCUUGCUUUAACUACCCGUACCUCAGGUACUGGACUACUUGCCGACACCUCCAAUCACAGACCAGGUCCCUGUCCUUUUCAUCCAUUGCCUUUCAACACUACCGCAUCCCGGCCGCCUCGAUACCUCCAACUCCCGAAAGCCCGACUGACCCUUUUUGCGUCUUUCCUCCCCUCUCAAGCUGUCGACGGACGAACCUUUUUCACCAGCGCCACCACCUCGCGCUUUCAUUUUCCUGGGCCUCGUUCGCCUAUGGCGAGCUGAUUGUUGCCGUUCCUUGGACUUGGGGGGAAAACCAUCUGGACAGCCCACCGGCUUGCAUUCCCGACUACGAACAUAACCACCACGAUCACGACAGACUCGUCGAGUACCUCACCUCAACCUUACGCAAUCCCACUAAGCAUCACAGACUCAGCGGCAAACCUUUAAGACGAUUGUCAACCCUACACUCGCUUCUCCCUACUGCGGUGUAUUCGAAAUACUCGCUCGACGCCCAUUUCUCCCAACGCGACUGCGAAUACAUCGCCUCCUUCGUCGCGCGGAACGUCUGGAACAUUCCUGACCACCGAAACCACCCCUUACUAUCGAGCCUCGACGUCUCCUAA